UAUUCACGUACACUGUUUGCAUGCAGUGUCCGCAGCUGACAAACAUUCGUGGGGGGUUGAUUGUGUAAAAUGCGUGUUGUUCAUUAAUUGUAAAUUGUUAAACAAUGGCAGUGCGUACUUUUCUAGGAACCUGGGAGGUCACGAAGUUCCAAUACGAAAACGAGAGUGACACCAAAGGCCUGGAAGGUGUUCGAUUCACACUGGAUGAGCUUGGAAAUGUUGACUGGGUGGUUGGUGCCGAACUCAGCAAUGUACCAUUGUUUGCUUGUGAUACCUAUGAAGUAUGCACCACUCGGACUUGUGUUGGCAUUUAUUUACGGCUGCGUUUUGGAGCGUUUGCAGGCCAUGUCAUUGAAUUCUCAUGUAUGCAGCAUAGGGGACUCAGUGACAAGAUGGAUCAGAUAGUGCUAUUCUGUAAUGGCUGGUGUCAAAUGCACUGCAAUCGAAUUGCGGAAGUAAAACAUAACGACGCCGCAGAUAUUCCUUUCUCAUUGUUGCCGGCGCUUGAGGAGGGAUAUUUUAAAGAUGUGACUAUUACAUCGGCGAAUAAGAAACAAUUCGAGACACAUUCGAUUAUACUGCAAUUGCUGGGCGAUAGUAUCGAUUGGUGCGCGCCGCAAUCGCCGCUGCAAUGCCUACCUGAGAACGUGCUCGGCACGAUAUUACAUUUUUUGUACUCCGAGUGUCUGCCGAGCUCGAUGGACGACACUACUGCCGAACAAGUCAUCCAAGCUAUCUCAACCUACGAGUGUCUUAAUAAGCUUAGCGAUUCAUGUCGAAAUUUUCUUAAGAACAAUGCGCUUAAAAAACAAGUCAUCGAGCUCGUCAAUGAGAUGCACGCGUCUAUUAAUAGAGUGAUAGAGCACUUUGUGAAUUUCAAUUCGGCGUCGAGUGAAGACCUCGGAAAAGGGCCUAACGGAUGGGCGGAAGAAAGUCCUGGUCAUUUGUGUUACAUUAUUAAACAAGCUCUGCGUGAUACAGCUGUUGUUUGUGCCAAGAUGUUGUUACUCUGCGACUUGUUUUGCAAACGAAAAAGCGAGCUAACGCGCGAGGAACGCAAUGAAAUCAUUUUGUACGCGAAUUCGCGGGUGCCGAUAUUGGUAACACAGGUCCUCAAAUUUUUCCAAGCGAUUAAACGCACAUUCAGCGGCAUGACACCGGCGCAACGUCAAGAAAUCGCCAUGUUUCUAGUCCCAGAGAUCGAAUCAAUCUUUGAUACACUAACAGCUCUAGUUCGCGAUACAAACAAAGCGAUGGUGAAAGUCCUUGAAUUACUGGCACCGCACCAAAUCAAGCAGAAUAGCGACGCAAGUGAACUCUUGUCCAGGACACUGUGCAAUCUGUUGCAUAGUAGAGAGAUUCUAAAAUGUCGUACUCUGCAAGAAAUCGUCAGUGGAACACUUGAAGCACUAAUGAGCAAAAAGGAAAUAUUUAACGAAAUGACCGAAACACAGAAAAUUCGCACCGUGACACGAAACUUUGAUCAACUCAUCGAGGAGUUGACGUUCUUCCUGAUUCAACUGGAAGAAUUACCCUCAGCGUUGGACGAUAAACUAGAACUGUCCGAGUUUAAAUUUUGUUUCAAAGUUGGUACGAGUAAAGUGGCUGGUAUUCUGGAGACUUUGGUAAAACAUCGCAAAGUCUUACAAGCAUUAUUAAUGCACGUGUGCGAAUUAGUCCAACGUGAUACUUUCAUGCAAGCACUCCAAAAACUCGACUUAUUAGAGGUACCAAGUUCGUCCACAGUCGUCGACGAAGCUAAAGAAGAAAGGAAACGAAUUUCAACGCCUAAACAUCAACAACAGCAACAAUCAUACAAGUUUAACUUGGUAAACACCUUAUAUGUGCCUCCGACCGCGAAACAUAGCAAUUUAGCGAAGAGAUCUCUGGAUCUCUUCAAAACCGGCACAGGCACUGAUAUGGUUUUCGAAGUCCUUUCACCCAACAAUCAAGAAGAUGAAACUACGCAAGAUGGCGGCAGCGAAGAAUCGACUUGCAUCAAAGCGCAUCGUGUUAUCGUCGCAGCGAGAUGCGACUGGUUCCGGCGCGCAUUACAGUCCGGAAUGCGAGAAUCCAUCGAUCGAAAGAUUAUCAUUCAUGAUACUUCACCAUUCCUCUUUAGAGUAUUCCUUGAAUACUUAUACGGAGGGCGAAUAGAGGAGUCGCUCGGUUUGUCAACUGAACAAUGGUCUGAUUUGUUAUUACUGAGCGACCGUUACGAAGUUGAUUCGUUAAAACAAGUUUGCGAAGGCAUAUUGCAAGCUAGCAUCGACAUGGAGUCAGCGUUGUAUUACUUAAGCAUGGCUGAUCAGUUUAAUGCACGAAUAUUACGCAAUGCUUGUAUCGCAUUCAUCGCCCAAAAUCAAGAACUAACCGAAAGCGAACUAUUCUACGAGUUACCAAUAGCUCUCCAAGCUGAAAUCUUCGACUCUGUAUGGUCACAUCCUCCGAAUAAUCGAAAAACAUAUACGGACACUCCAGACGAAGCGAUCGCGGAUAAUUCCAAAAAGCUACACUCCCGUAUCUGUUCAGUCGAAGAUCUCCCUAGUCAGGACACCGCGCGCUUGCAGCAAUGCAUCCUGCAGAUGCGCGACAUCCUUGGCGACACUGCAUCACACGACAUCUUGGUGCAAGUUGUCCUCGCCGCGGAUUACGACCUCUGCAGAGCCAUCAAUUAUUUCUACGCGCGCGAGUGAUGAACCCCAGUGAGAUAAAUUUCUGUUGCUUUCCAGCGAGUAUAUCGUGUGAUUGUUACACAUUUCAAAUUGCGCGUGCGUGCCUGACGAUGAUGCGAGAGCUCUAGCGUGGCAGUAUACAAAUGCUUUAACAAUGUUUUAUCAAAAAGGAAAAAACAAAUUGCACCGUUGAGAUUUUUAUAAUUCCUGUUAGACGUAAACGCUCUUUCGUUUUUGGAUGUCUCUCUGCGUGUUUGUGCAUUUAUCGGGUAUGUAUUUCUUAAUCCAGCAGUACGGCUAGUCAAACUUUUUUACUUGAAUAUUUUAAUAUUUUUGUUUCCGAAUCUCAGAACCAGCCUAGUCAAAUUAUAAUCGACACACUUAAACAGUACGAAUGUAGCCUGUCAUUGUAACGAUAAAAACUCGUCUUCGCUAUUGUUUGAGAACCAAUUAUUAAAGUGGCAGUAUUACAUUUAAAUGCUAGUGAUCUAUUAUUUUAGUAAGUUUGUGACGGAAGCGGCAAAACUAUGUGGUAAUCAAAAAUUAUUAGUACAUUCUCGUAAUACACGAUUUAAAAUGAUAUGCAUAGCAUUUUUAAAUGUUUCUAACUUUUAAAUACAUUAUAAAAAUGAUUUUACCUAAUGGACGUCAUUACCAGCAGCAUGAAGAGAUACGAAUUGAGGUUAGUCGGCGCAGGGCGGUAUAUGACGUUAGGUAAUAUUAUCAAUCACUCGAAAUUAUAUUCGUAGUAACCACAAGACUAAUUUACUUGUAUUGCAAAACAUAUUGAGCUAUUAUAUCCAUGUUAUUGUUAUUAAAUUAUUUAUAAAAUAAAAGUUCUUUAAACAGGUA